GAGAGAGGAAAGAAGGGAGGAAAGAAGGGAGGAAGGGAAAGAGAGGGGGAGGAAACGUGGCUCCACUUUGAUAACAGCUUUGGGGGAAAUUGUGCUUCUUUUGGAGUCCUAGGAUGAGGAAGACCAGGCUGAGGAAGAGGAGGGGCCGGUGGCCUUAACAAUCCCAAACCCAAACCAAGAGAAACCCCCCCCCCCCCCCCCCCCGAGUCUCUUCCUUCUCUGCCCUUUCCACUCCAGCAACAUCUCCUUAUUCUUCCAUUUUAGUUUUUAUUUUUUUGGGGGGGGGGGUCUCUGGAGUGAUGCAGCUGGAGCCUUGUCUGUCGCCUCCGUCGGUGCUGCUCUCCAAGAAAUGCCUCCAUCUGGGCGGCGGAGGGGCUGCUGCUUACUCUCCCGCGUCGGGCGGAUCCGAGCUGGCCUUGCCCGAGCCUCCUCACCCUCAGCCCCCUCACCCCCUCCAUGCCCAGCGCCCCCACCCUCCCAGUGACACCGCCAACCUGGAGAGGAGCUGCUCACCUCUGAAAAAACUCAGCCUCGCCAGGGGGGCCACCACGAGGAUGACGACGAAUCAGGCCCAGGAGGAGGAGGAGGAGGAGGAAGAGGAGGAGGCAGGCCCUUUCCCUGGCUCCAAAGACCCGCCAGGGGACGCCCAGCAGCCGACGCAACCACAACAACACCAGCACCAACCACAACACCACCACCACCAGCAGCAGCAGCAGCUACAGCAGCCACAGCAGCAGCACCAGCAUCGCAGCAAAGUCCCGCCCGUCGCCUUGGACGGCGGCAGCGGCCAGGAAAGGCUCCGAGCCGCCUUCGAUGGAGCGGACCGCUGCCUGCUCCCUCCCUCUCCUUCCUCCUCCGGGCCUCCUCCUCCUCCUCUUCCUCCUGGGGCUGCUGCUGCUGCCAUGUUCCCCUACCCGGGCCAGCACAACCCCGCGGCGGCGGCCGCCUUCUCCUUGGCCAGCCCUGGCCGCUACAUGGCCCACCAUCACCCGGUGCUGAGCAACGGCGCCUACAACAGCCUGCUCUCGGGGCCCUCGGCUGCCGCCGCCCCGCAGGGCUACCCGGGGCCCCCGGGCUACCCCUACCCGCAGCAGUACGGCCCCGCCGCCGCCGCCGCCUCCCCCUACCAGGGCUCGCCCUUCUACCAGUUCCCCGCCGCCGCCGCCGCCUCUGGAGUCCAAGGCGGAGGAGGGCUGGUCCCCGGCAAGGCCCAGGUCUACCUCUGCAACCGGCCCCUCUGGCUCAAGUUCCACCGGCACCAGACCGAGAUGAUCAUUACCAAGCAAGGCAGGCGCAUGUUCCCUUUCUUGAGCUUCAAUAUUUCUGGCCUGGAUCCGACGGCCCACUACAACAUUUUCGUGGAUGUCAUCCUGGCAGACCCCAACCACUGGCGCUUCCAGGGAGGCAAGUGGGUGCCUUGCGGCAAAGCCGACACCAACGUCCAAGGCAAGCCUGGUCGCCGCCUUCUUUCCCCUUCUCUGCUGUUUUUUUUGUUCUUUCUCACUUCUAAUUAACACAUUUUCCUGAAACCUCCCGCUACACACACCCAGACACCCAGACACACACAUAGGAGACACACACACAACACCCGGGGCUGGAGGUGCGAAGGCUUAAUGAGAGCGCC